AUGGGCGUAUCGUCCUUAGCCGCCCCACCUCCCACAUCGAUGUCUCGAGCUCCUCCGAUGCACCCCUGCCUCACGCGUUCAGUUCCCCAUGCGCCGCCCCUACCCUCCCUUGCCUCCUUCCCCCCCACCCCGCCCUCUCUCCCCUCCCCGCCUUCCCCUCUCCCCAUGCCCGUGUUCGCCACGCUCCCGCAGGUCGCGUCGUGCCUCUUUCUCGUCCGGGCCGUGCACUACCCCGCGCCGCCGGUGCACUUUCCUGGGUCUCAGGGGGACAUGCGCCUAACACGUCCUCUCCUCUCUCAUCCCGUCCUCCCCUCUCUCAUCCCCCCCUCCGCUCUCUCAUCCCCUCCUUCCCAAUACUCAGCCCCUCCUCCCAUCGCUCCUCCCCUCCUUCCUUCUCUCAUCCCCUCCUUCCUUCUCUCAUCCCCUCCUUCCUUCUCUCAUCCUCUCCUUCCUUCUCUCAUCCCCUCCUUCCUUCUCUCAUCCCCUCCUUCCUUCUCUCAUCCCCUCCCUCCUUCUCUCAUCCCCUCCCUCCUUCUCUCAUCCCCUCCCUCCUUCUCUCAUCCCCUCCCUCCUUCUCUCAGCCCUGCCUCCCAUCGCUCCUCCCAUCUCACCAUCUCUCAUCCGUCCUCCACUCUCCCAUUUCCACCCUCCUUCUCUCAUCCCCGCCUACCCUCGCUCCUCCACUCCGUCCUUCUCUCAUUCCGUCCUUCCCUUUAUCAUCCCAUCCCUCCUUCUCUCAUCCCCUCCUUCCCUCAGUCAUCCCCUCCUCCCAUCGCUCCUCUCCACUUUCCAUCUCACAUACCCUCCCCCAUUUCCCCAGGUCGCUCCUCCCCUUUCCCCCAGGUCGCACCUCCCUUCCCCCUUUCCCCCAGGUCGCACCUCCCCUUCCCUCCUUCCUCCAGGUCGCUCCUCCCCUUUCCCCCAGGUAGCACCUCCCCUUCCCCCCAGGUCGCACCUCCCUUCCCCCUUUUCCCCAGGUCGCACCUCCCUUCCCCCUUUUCCCCAGGUAGCACCUCCCCUUCCCCCCAGGUCGCACCUCCCUUCCCCCAGGUCGCACCUCCCCUUCCCCUCUUUCCCCCAGGUCGCUUUUCCCCUUUCCCCGAGGUCGCACCUCCCCUUCCCCUCUUUCCCCCAGGUCGCUUUUCCCCUUUCCCCGAGGUCGCACCUCCCCUUCCUCCCUCAACGCUCCUCCCCUUUCCACCAGGUCGCUCCUCCCCUUCCAACCAGCUCGCACCUCCCUGUUCCCCUUCACAGAGCACCUUCACACUCUUUCACAAUGCACUACCCCUCCCUUCCCUUUGCUUCCAUUCCCCUCAAAUCGCUUCUAUGCCCCUCUUCUCCCUCCCCUUUCCUUCCCUUCUUAUGUCUUCCCUGCGCUUCCCUUUCCCUAUUCUCCCUUCCCUUUCCUUCCCUUCUUUUGUCCUCCCUGCACUUCCCUUCCCCUCUUCUCCCUUCCCUUUCCUUCCCUUCAUUUGUCCUCCCUGCACUUCCCUUCCCCUCUUCUUUUUUCUCCCUUCCUCCCCUUUUUUCACCAUGCCUCCCCUUUUUUCUCCCUGCCUCGAUUUUUUUCUCUGGCAAAGCCGUGUCUUCACAAGUUUGGUGGCGCAGGGUGCAGCAGCGACGCAAGAGCACAUAGAGGACAUGAGGCACUAA